GGAAAUAAGGAUAAUAACAUAUCGCACAGCACUGAUUGAUUAGCGGGGAUCGAUUGAUAAUAUUAUCUUGAUUCUAACAGAGAGUCUGCUCAUGAAACCGCUCGGCUGUUUAUUAAAACGGCUCCGUUAACGUUCAGUGACAGCGAUAGAUAAGCUCCCCAUCGCAGUAGUGUCAUUGUAUUAACCUGCGUGGUGGCACACUUGAUGCUGAAUUGUAUUGGUUUAUGGUUUAUAGCCACACAUAGCUGCCGUAGACAAAUGUCAGCAAUAAGGAACUCGCACAUGACGGUGUCCAUAUUUCCCCUACCUGUGACGUAUUGACAUCAAAACGAGAGGCAAAUAUAAAGGAGCUUAUGAGAGUUCCUUCUCCCUGCAGAGCGGUAUGGAGUGGCCUGGGGAUUUUCCUCAAGAUCAUGCUUUUGUGGAGCUGCUGGUUCCAGGGGUUUCCAGUGAACUGGACUUUGAGCAGCUCCUAAAAGACACAGAGGAGAAACUCAAUCUUAAUGCCAACAGCAUUGAACAGCAGCUGAAGGAGCUCCAGGCCAAAAUGGGGGACUCCCGGGAGCGUCCGCUGAGCCCCUCAGAGUGCCUGCAGUGGUUCAACAUCAGAGCGCACAGCAGUUUCAGGCCUGUAACCACGGGACAUCAGGAACUUAUGGACUUCUUCAGAGCUUUGAAACAGUACCUGAGGUCUGAAGAGGAGGGGAAAGAGGAGGUGAUACUUCAACUACUGCUGAAUGUGUCUGCCCAGUGUGGUGUCUGCUUUCCCUGUACCCCAUCUUCCUCUCUGAGUGCCUCCUCCAUCCACUUGGUACAUACAGUCAGAGAUGAUGCUUCAUUAGAGAUCCAGGAGGCCUGGGAUGAUGUGCGUCUCCAGCUGCGCCGCCACCUGCUGGACCGGCUGUCUUCCCGCAGCCCAGAUCAUCCUGGACCCAGACACAUUUCCGUCCCUGACCGGGUCCACUGUCUGCAACAGCUGUUCUUUCUUUACCCUGAAUCUGAGGUGCUCACACAUUACCAGGGUCUGAGAAGCCAAUCUGUGCUGGUUCUUCUGCUCUCUGCGCUGAGCUCAAGCCCAGGCGGUGAUACAGGCUUUGACAGACUGGCUCUAGGCUUCCACUCUGUGGUUCCAGCUCUGACCCAAGCCCUUACAGAGGAGCUUCAUGUCCUUUCAAGAUUCGCAGAACCACACACCAUUUUGGGUUUUGUUAAUGUGGCCUACCUCAGCACUGUGGCCCAAGAACUGGCCUCCCUGAUGGAGAGAGAAUAUGAGACGGCCCUGAGAGACAACACCACGCUCAGCAGCAAGAUCAAGAAAUAUUCAGCCAGGUCACGGGCAACCGUAGCACCAAUGGAGCUUCCCAUGAAAAAUAGGAGCUUCAGUUUAACUUCCCACCAGUUGAGGGCGUUAACCCAGUUGGCCUGCACCCUGCUGGGCUUUGAGAGGACUGUGAAGGAGCUGGUCACGAAUAUGACCUUCAUCGAUUGUACAGGAGAGACUCCCUGUGUAAAAGGCAUCUUGAAAAAGAACAGAGAGGAUUCAGACAUGACAACAGAUGGCAAGAAAUCCACAGCAGAGACGCCUCUACAUGCACCAGAGGCGCAGGUUUUGGAGUUUGACUGGAGGUCAGCAUUCAGGGGGCUGGUCCCUCACAUGUCACACUGUGUUAAAGUGGUGCUGGAUGAUGUUUGUGCCAAGAGUCUACAUCAGGAAGAGGCCUUACAUUCUUCAGGACAUACCUCCAUAACACUGAGCAGCACUACUGGACGCAGAGCCAUCACUGCCAGCAACACACACCUCAACACACACCUCAGAGAAGAUUCCUUCUACACCUACUCAGAGAGGGAGACUCCCAGAAUGAUAGCCAAGUUCUGCGGAGCAAUCAUGACUGAGCUGGAUGCCUUACUACCCUUGGCAGCAGCCUGCAGGGACAGCUCUCUCCUGGAGGUGCGCUCAAGCUUUGUGGAGGCGUGUAGCAGGGCAGUGUUUGCCAUGUUGGGCCGUUUGCAGGAGAGGGCCCUGGAGGUACCAUCCUCUGCACCCCUGAGGAACCUGCCUGCUCUGCUGGCCACUUGCAUUUAUGUGCACCAGCGACUGGAGCACUACCAUGCCAGGCUGAAAGAUUCAAAUACUACUGCAGCUAAAGUACCCCUGACCCUGCUGCCUAUCCAGAAGUACCAAGAUACAGUGGAGGCCUUGAGAGACCAGCUGACCAGCUACUGUAUCCAUAUUUGUUCCACCUGCAUUCUUCAAGAUGCAGAGAGUCACCACUGGGCUGACCCCAAACCCUUCUAUGAGGGCGAGCGCUGUUCCUUCUCGGUGCAGAUGUGGUUCUACUUCCUGUGUGGACUCCGUAGCGACCUGUGGGCGGUCCUUCCGGCAGAGAUGGCCAAGGACAUCCUCGGCCAGGUGCUGUCAGAGACUUUACAGCUGCUGGUGCAAAGAUAUGCCAGGGCCCGUCCUUCGUACAAGAGACACCUGCAAAUCAGAUGUGACAUUACAGCAGUGCUGCUGUAUGUGGAGCAGCUCAUGUGGAGUGUGUGUGAAAGUCCCGAGGCCUUGGUGCGCUCCAAUCCUUCUUCAGCAAUUGCCAUAAUAGCAGGCGGAUCAGAUUGGCCGUACCAAAUCCACAGCCUGUGUGAGCAACUCCUGACGGUCCUCGUCAUUGUCACAGCGCCUCUAUCUUUGCUGUACAGGAUAUUCAUGAUUAAUCCUGAGAAAGAGUCCACACCAAAGCAGCUUGACAGCCCUCUUGUCCACUGGCUAAAUGCUAUCAACCCUGACCUCUUCACAGAGCAGGCCAUACGAGAUGGCCUUAUGGGCCAGGCGGCCUUUGCAUGUCAGCUGAGGCUGCUGACCUCUGACCCGGGACACAAUCCCAGGUUGCUUCUGCGAAUGUUGCUGCACAGAGACUGUCACCUGCCCAGAAUACUCCUGGAAAACUCUUAUUUCUGCCACGAGAGCUGCUUAGAAACAUCUACAGAGAGCUGCAAGGCAGGAGAUGACUUCAUAGUUGCAUUGUUCAACCUAUUCAGUUGCCUAAAUAAUGUUCCCAAGGCCUUGUCUCAGUUCCUUCAACCAUACCUGGAAAGGGCACACAUAUGGGAACAUCUGUACACACUGGCAGACACAACCCGGGCUGUACCUGUAGUGAUCAAUUGUGUCCGGGCCGUAAUCACCAAAUCUACCAGCACCCUGCUGGUACACCUGGUCUCUAUGGUAAUGGGUUUGCAGACCACAGAGGACCCCAUUGGAGCCUCGUUCAAGCAGAGUGUACCAGAGAGCAUCCUGGCUAAAAUACCCAAGGAGUGGAACUACACACCCGUGGAAGCAUGGGGAAAGGAGACUGCCGCUAAGACUGUCAUAUCUGUAACUAUUCAAGCCUUGUCCUUCAUUUUCACCAACCUGCCCUUGGCCGUAGCAUCCGUGCCUCUCUCCGUCCGCUUCCUCUUCCAAGUGGCAGAGAAGCACCUCUCCCAGCAUGCCCGGCAGCUGCGUUUAAUGGGCCUGUUACUCUGGGCCCUGUUAGGCUGUCUGAUCCAGGGCCUGGAGGACCCAGCCACACUAGAACAGAUCAGCGGUCUGGCCUUGGACCGCGGAGCAAGGGAAACGCUGUCCCUGCUUGCUGAGUGCCUACAGGCUACCAUGGGCAUUCAACAGAAGGGUGUUCCCAAACCCACAGUGCACAAAGUCUUGCAGGUUCUGGAGGAAAAAAGACCCAAGUGGACAAACAUGCAGCUGCAGAAGGCCCGCAAGCUCUGCGCAGACAGCGUAUUUGAGCGAGGAAAGGAGAGCGGAGUCGCUGCGGCUGAACUGACUGAGCAGAAAAUAGGCCUGAUGCUGCUGGAGGUCUGCCACAAAGCAGGUGGCAGCGACUACCUGAGGCAGAUCUAUCACAUCAUCCAAGGCAAUGAGGAACUAUUGAUGUCUAAACUAAGUGGAAGCGCAAACUCACCCAGUAAUCCUCCUGAAUUGGUCAACUUUGACCCUAGCUCUGAGAGUCAUGCACACACAGCCGGCUUCAACCCUCUCCACCAAUUUGACCACAUUGGCAAGAAGAAGCUGGAUCAGAGUGCAGUGGUCGACUGGGCAUGGGACUGGCCGAGGCUGCUGCCAGCCUAUCAGGGCAUGAGUCAGGUCACCUUCAAAACUCUGCUGGCCAACAGGUGGGAGAUGCAGGAGGACGCAGAGCUGGAAGAUGGAGAGAAAUUUAUGGUAGAGGAACUUCAGAAAGCCUAUUUUGUUUGCUGCUGCAGCCCGGGACCACAGGACCCUCCUGCAGCUGAUGAGACACUGGCAGAUCAGACCCAGGAGGGAACACAACAAUCCGAUAAAAGUGCUGCCCAAUAACAGUCCACGCAGUUUGAAUUUUUAUCAUGUUGUAAAUGUUUGCUUGUAAUACUCACUUGCAGCUCUCAAGGUAGAAGAGUGUGUGUACGUGUGCACAUUCGCGGGUGUAAUUGGGUUUGUGCAUGCACCGUGUGCAGCGAGUUUGCAUAUGUGUGUGCAUGAAAACACGAGUGAGAGAGCGGACAAGAAACUGUGGAACAACAAAAAGAGUGAGGGAGACGUUGCUUCCCUCUUUAUGCACACGUCUCAGACAAACUCUCUGUGCUUUUCUAUGCUGCAUCAGACGUAUUUCAUCUUUUUGGAGCACAUCUCCAGAAAUCAGUUCUGGGAAAUGGAGAGCCUGGAUUUGUUUGCCUGGGACAAGAUGGGACUGUGUGAUCAUUGUUGGUAGUUGAAGUUUUUUUUUUUUUUUGAGAGAGAGUGAGUGUAAAGACGUUGGUGUCAGCAUACUUUCUCCUGGUUCCUGAAAGCAAACAUCAAAUAUAACGGUUGGGAAGCAAGAUGAUGUAUGUUUUGAUUACAGUGUGUCCCAAAAAUCUGCCCCACUCUGUAAUAUCAGUCAGUAUUUUGUGCAAACUGAGAAAACAUUUAUUUUAUGUGUAAUACAAUUGCUGAGUAUAUUUUUCCAAGUUUGUCCGUAUUUUGUUAUUUAUGAGAUGGAGAGAGUUUUAGAAUUAAACAUGAUAAUAAAAUCAUAUUCUUAC